AUGGAAGAUGAGGAUUUCAAUGUGAUAGCGCGAUUUGACGAUGCUGACCUUUCGUAUCCAGACCAUGAGAACAUCGAGCCAUCAGCAUCAGAUGUGACAGUUGUGAAUGCGUUGAACGAAACUGGGCAAAGAAAGCGUCGCUUCAUCGACAACGAUCCAUUUUCCUCGCCUCCAGAUGAUCAGUUUAUCCAUCCAAUGGAUUGGCACAUGAAAAUGCCGCUUACAUUGGAGGAGCACGAGAAUGCGCGAGUGAAGACUGAUGAUGAGUUGGCUGCAACUCGGUUAUUUCAACGUAUAUGUCAGGCUAGGGCGAAAAGAAUGCGAGCAGUGAGGGAGCAACUGAAGGAGCAUGAGAAUUCUCAUUCAGAUGAUGAGUUCGAAAAAGAGAAACAGAUCAUGGAAUCACCUCCAAUCGAUGGGUCAUCGUGGAUUGGUGUUAAUAGCGAUGAUAGGCAUGAGAGGUUCUAUAUUCGUUAUCUGCGACAGCCACGUGUACCGCGAGCUGCCAACGUUGGCUCGAAUGAAGUCCGCGCUGAAAUUCUCAAUCAGCAAUGGCAGAGAAUAAAGGCAGAAAUUGAGGCAGUCAGAGAAAAUAAAUCUCGAAUGAUGGCGAAUCGGCGGGAGCGAGAAAAUAUUGAGGAGGUCCACGCGAAUAUUAUGACAAACGAAGCUAGUAUUUGGGUGAAUAAAUAUUCCCCUCGAAGUUAUGUGGAUUUACUUAGUGACGACGGUGUUAAUCGUCAUUUAAUGUCCUGGAUUAAGCUAUGGGACGAAUGUGUUUUCAAGCGGAAGAUUGUUCAUCUCCCCAAAAACGUUUCUUCGAAAGAGAAAGACUUACUCAUAUUGGACUCAGGGAAACCUCGUAGGCCAAUGCAGAAGAUAGCUUUGCUCUGUGGACCUGCUGGUCUGGGAAAAACAACAUUGGCCAACGUUGUUGCUCGACAAGCUGGUUAUGCCGUUGUGGAACUCAAUGCCAGUGACAGCAGGAAUGUGCCUGACUUUGAGAAGGCUCUUGAAGGUGCCGUUCGUACAUCUCGAACACUUGACCAGAAGUCUCGCCCAAAUUGCUUAAUUCUUGAUGAAAUUGAUGGCGCUCCUGUCGAAGCAAUACGUUAUCUCGUCAAAGUGACCCAAGCUGUUGGAAAGAAAGCAAUACGUCGUCCUAUCAUUUGCAUUUGCAACAAUAUGUACACUCCUGCUCUGCGAGAGCUUCGAGCCGUCGCCCUCAAUGUUCAAGUGGGGCCAACUGCAAAAGAGCGCCUCAUUCAGAGGCUUACGACAAUUGCCGAAUUGGAAGGUGUCCGCAUAGAUCGAUUCGCACUACAGCGGCUUGUGGAAUUGUGCCAGUGCGAUGUUCGGUUCUCAAUCAACACACUCCAGUUUGUGUCAGUUCUUGCUCAGAAGCAGCGGCGUUACGUUUCUAUAGAUGACAUACAAAAGCUGGUUGAGCGUGUUGCGUUUGAGCGAGGUGAUGACCGUUUCGUUAAUGGUCUGCACGCCAACUACCUAGGCGUAAAUUUACCUCUGAAAGCGAUCCGAUCUGGUGCUGAGGCUUUUGUCCACUACGAUCGCAUUAUGCUUGCGAUUGCCGAAUUGGAAGGUGUCCGCAUAGAUCGAUUCGCACUACAGCGGCUUGUGGAAUUGUGCCAGUGCGAUGUUCGGUUCUCAAUCAACACACUCCAGUUUGUGUCAGUUCUUGCUCAGAAGCAGCGGCGUUACGUUUCUAUAGAUGACAUACAAAAGGCUGUGGAGCGUGAAAGAGUGGGAUCUGCUUCAAUAUUCGAAAAUUGGUCUACAAUGCUGGAUUUCAGUCAUCACUUUGAUAAGUGGGUAUCUUGUUUGGUAGUGAUUUUGGAGCGUGGCAUUUGCGAGCUCGUUUUCACAAAGUUGCAAGCGAGUCUUUUUCUUUUCAGGAAAGGCGUCUUGCGAUCUUUGUCGGAAAGACUGCAGCUGGUUGAGCGUGUUGCGUUUGAGCGAGGUGAUGACCGUUUCGUUAAUGGUCUGCACGCCAACUACCUAGGCGUAAAUUUACCUCUGAAAGCGAUCCGAUCUGGUGCUGAGGCUUUUGUCCACUACGAUCGCAUUAUGCUUGCGAUCAACGAAAAACAAGACUACACUCUGAUGAAAUACGUCACCGUGUUUUACAUGCUUCUCCAUGCAGCUGUGGCUACCCACACAAGGGCCAAACUGAAAUACCCUCAACAAGAGCAAACCGCUUUUCAAAGACGGCGAGAGUCACAGGAAACUCUUGCAACAGUUCAGUGCGCUCUUUUGGGGAGGUAUUCUCCAACCGCUCUACUUUGUGAUGUGUUGCCUCUUCUUCUGCAAAUUGUGCAGCCACCAAUUAAAACGAUGAAUCAACAGUUGUACAGCACUCAAGAAUUGAAAGAGAUCGACAACAUUGUAACUGUAAUGGCAGACUACCAUCUGACCUUCACCCCUACCGUCGUGAAUUUUCAACCGCAGUACUUGUUUCAACCGAUCUAUCUGACUAUACUUGUCGUCGCGACCAUUCCUGUUACGCGAGCUAUAAACGACUUGUCACUGCCGUUCGGCUUGGACACAUCGCUGGCAAAAUCGCGAUUUUCCACCUAUGUGUCCCCCCAGGAGCGCGCUAUUCAAGUAUUUGUGAUGAAGAAUAUCAGUGAAGAUACAGCCAUCGGGACUGUAUUAGAUACAUUCAAAGCGCAUGACCCUUCGUUGCCGACGUUCAAUUACACGUUCCGAAUAAAUCGCCAAUCAGAUCCGAAACGGCAGUUUACGAUCGAUCAGGAUGGAACGCUGCGAGUCGCUCAACGUCUGGAUCGUGAAGACAUCAGUAGCUACAAGCUUAUUAUUGAGGCGUUUGACGCCGCCGGCAAUGUUGGAACACAGUUGGUAGCCGUCUAUUUACGAGAUGUUAACGACAAUGGUCCUGAACCGUAUACGGUACCCAAAUUUUGUGUGUUUCCGGAGAAUACGCCAGUCAAUCAGCAGGGCACGUGUGAGAUUCGUUGCACAGACAAGGAUUCACCAGAAUUCGGACCGCCACUCAAUAUGCAACUCGAUCAGAGUAAAUGGAGAUUUGGUGACUAUUUGAGCGUGACAUUCGAUGCCCACGGUGAUGGUGGUAAUGGAUCGAUGACAAUCCGUCCGUUGGUGGUAUUCGAUCGAGAGGCGGUUAAUCCGGGUAAAAUUCUCGAAAUUCCGCUGAUUCUCACCGAUCGCGCGGAUAAAACGAAUCAUGCAUCCGUACAUGUCAUCAUUGGAGACGAGAACGACAAUCCGAUGCACGAUGGAAAAAUGCAGAUCACUGUGAACUCGUACCUUGGCAAAUUGAAGAAGACUCAGAUUGGUCGAGGUGACAAGACGUUCACAUGGAAGGAAUCGUUGCCCGGUUUCGAGUUGUCACCAAAAGGAGAGAUAACAAUGGAUGCCAACAUGCCACCUGGUACCUAUCAUAUGUCAUCAAAUGUGCACGAUAAUCUCCGAAAUGAGAACGCUGUCGGAUAUGUGACCGUCAAUGUUCUACUAGUACCGGAGGUCACGUUCGUGAACCAGGGAUCGAUGCAGUUGUUGCUUGGUGAAGAUUCUAGCUUGCAAACCCCUGAAGAUUUCAUUCGAGUGAAUGCCAGUGGCAAGAGUAUCCAGGACAUCUUUACACAAGAAAUGGUGAAAUAUAUGGGUGGCAACGUUUUGCUGGAUGUCUUCUCGGUUCAUCCGAUCGACGUUCUUACAAUGUUUCCCAUAUCGGAUGAGAGUUCACGAAAUUUACUUUCGAACUCAACGCGGCAGAUGAUCGCACAGAAGAUAGUCUUCUUUCCAUGCCACUGGGAAACGGAUCGAAUGAGAAUUCGGCACCGAAAAGUAAUACAGCACAAAUCAAACAAAUGGUUGCUGACUCUUCGAAAUCGGAAUCAUCAGAGAAGGCACCUUGGCGUCCGAUUCUCUACAAAUUCAAUACGGGUUGUAGUACGGCUAUCAAGAGCAAAUCAACUUGAUCUGCAGCGCAAUGAUCUAGCAGAGGAACGAUGGGAAAGCUGUGAUCUCGGUAGACCUAGUAUAAUAAGCUUGUUGAAGGUUGCCUGCUUCUUUGGAGAACUGGAACCAGAUGGAAGAGCUUAUCCGUUGAAGGGUGCUGUAAUAUGCCUUUUCGAGGAAGAGCAUAUAAACGAUCAAAAUACAGUAGAUGAGAGUAGAGAUCUUCUUGAUGAACAUGGAGAACAGAAGAGGAGGAGUAACCCUAAAAGAGUGGGAGGUUCCACAAGCGUGACAUUCUCCAUAUUAAAGGACGAGUCCACGAUUAGAACAGUAGGCGAAAAAGAUGUGAUUCAUGCUGAAGAGCUGCAGCUUAGAGCUGUGAGGACUGCAGCUGUUAUUUGCUCCGUGUGCGGAAACUGCAGUGUCGGAUACCCACUCGUGAAAAGGUGGAAGGGCCAGGACCGAGCCAUUGCACAUCCACGGGAACCAAGUUCAAAGAGAAUAGUUGCAGCGCUUUCGGCGAUAACUACGGGUUUACGGUACAUG